CAGCACGGCCCAUCCUGACACAGCCCCAGCGCAGCUGCUGCAGAAACCUCCAUCGUAAAACAGCUCCGGCCGCAAGGACCGAGCGUGGCCGGGGUCACGGAACCAUCUGCAGGCCCCAGGAGAGAUAUUAACUCUUUCAGUGCUUCCAUCCUCCCUCGAGGGAGAGAAAAGGACAAAGUGCAGGCGCACGGAGGAGCAACAUGAAGACACCGAUUUCAGUGAAGGAAGAGUCAAGACCCAGAUGGGAGGAAUUAGGAGAUACUUUGAUCUUGGGGCUCGAAUCGUCUUGUAAAUGUAUAGAGAUGGAUGUAAUUGAUACAUCAAACUUUCUUUUCCACCAUAAUGCAUUGAAAAUUAUGGGGAGAUGACUUGUUCAGCAAAGGCCUCCAUACUAAAGUAAGCAAAUGUUGAAGUAGUUGUGAUUCCAAGAGAAGUUUAAACGGAGAAAGAGAGAAGAGUGAUGAGACCCUGUGUUCUCAGGGAGAGAAGAAGACUUCUGUUCCCAGAGACGAAGAUGAUUUCAGAAAUAGAUGAAGAGAAACUUUGCUCUUAAACCGCUCAUGUUUAAACUAAUACCCGAUAAGUUAACAUGGCCCAUAAACAGAGCUGUGGGAAAAGCUGUGAAAAAAUGGCAGGGACUUCAAAAUUGCAGAUUUUCUGGGCAGCUGCUAUUGGUGGGAGUUGAGAGACAUGAGAGAACUGUUUUCUUAAGUAUAAGUCCCCAUAGUAUGAAAGAUAGACUCCUCUCCCUAAGUGAACUGAAGAAAAACUAUUCUAGAGGUGGUAAACUGACUGGAAACUUCCUUUUUGUCUCCUUACAUUGUCAGUGGGAAAGAAAAGUUUGUAGGGAGGGUAAUUGUUCUGAAAGUUUUGUUCUGAUUCUUAUUACUCUUUCUUGUAUUAACUGUUAAUAAUCUUUUCUUUGCACCCUUUUGAAGCUUUGAGCCUGCUGUGCAUUUCUCCUAAUCCUAUCUCACAGCAGUACAUGAGUCCCCAUGUGCAGCCCCAGCAAAUGUCCAACAGCAGCUCCAUCAGCCACUUCUUCCUGCUGGCAUUGACAGACACGCGGCAGCUGCAGCUCCUGCACUUCUGCCUCUUGCUGGGCAUCUCCCUGGCUGCCCUCCUGGGCAAUGGCCUCAUCAUCAGCGCCGUAGCCUGCGGCCACCACCUGCACACGCCCAUGUUCUUCUUCCUGCUCAACCUGGCCCUCAGCAACCUGGGCUCCAUCUGCACCACUGUCCCCAAAGCCAUGCACAAUUCCCUCUGGAACACCACCACCAUCUCCUACACAGGAUGUGCUGCACAGGUUUUUCUGGUUUUCUUCUUCCUUGGAUCAGAAUUUUCCCUCCUGACCAUCAUGUGCUACAACCGCUACGUGUCCAUCUGCAAACCCCUGCACUACGGGACCCUCCUGGGCAGCAGAGCUUGUGCCCACAUGGCAGCAGCUGCCUGGGCCACUGUCUUUCUCAAUGCUCUCAUGCACACAGCCAAUACAUUUUCCCUGCCCCUGUGCCAUGGCAAUGUCCUGGGCCAGUUCUUCUGUGAAAUCCCACACAUCCUCAAGCUCUCCUGCUCCAAAUCCUAUGUCAGGGAACUGGGGCUUCUUGCUAUUAGUGGCUGUUUAGGACUCGGAUGUUUCGUGUUCAUUGUUUUCUCCUAUAUGCAGAUCUUCAGGGCUGUGCUGAGGAUCCCAUCUGAGCAGGGACGGCACAAAGCCUUUUCCACCUGCCUCCCUCACCUGGCUGUGGUCUCUCUGUUCCUCAGCACUGGCAAAUUUGCCUACCUGAAGCCCCCAUCCAUGUCCUCCCCAUCCGUGGAUCUGGCCCUGUCAGUUCUAUACUCAGUGGUGCCUCCAGCCCUGAACCCCCUCAUCUACAGCCUGAGGAACCAGGAGCUCAAGGCUGCAGUAUGGAGAAUGGUGACUGGACAGUUUCAGAAACAUUAA